GUUGAGGAGCCAGCAGCAGUGUGAGGCAGACAGCCGGACCGUGGUGAAGUGUACGCUCCGGCCCACGCCCCAGCGGGAUGAGAGUAAACAGCCUCCUGUAUCUUCUCCUUUUCCUAAUCUCCGCCUUCUCUUGCUUUUCCAAAGUCAGCAGAACCAAAUACAUACCUCCGGUGGUGCUGAUUCCAGGAGAUGGAGGGUCUCAGAUUGAAGCCAAGCUUGACAAGCCGUCGAUCAUUCAUUACAUCUGUCAAAAGAAGUCCGAUUAUUGGUUUGACUUAUGGCUCAAUAUGGAACUGCUGCUUCCUGUUGUCAUUGAUUGUUGGGUGGAUAACAUGAGGCUGCUUUAUGACAAUGUGACUCGUACUACUAUGAAUUCUCCAGGCGUACAAACUAGAAUUCCAGGAUUUGGAAACACUUCAACAGUGGAGUGGUUGGAUCCUAGCCAACGCUCACCAACAGGAUACUUCAAGGAUAUUGUCAAUGCUAUGAUUCCGCUGGGAUACGAGAGAGGUGUUACGGUCCGCGGAGCUCCAUUUGAUUUUCGCAGAGCACCAAAUGAACACAGCGAAUAUUUUAUACAACUGCGUCAGUUGAUUGAGGAGACUUACCAGUACACUGGGCAAAAGAUUGUCCUUCUUGUACACAGCAUGGGGGCACCAAUGACACAGUACUUCCUAAACCACCUGCCCCAAGACUGGAAAGACAGAUAUAUUGAAACAAUGGUUUCCUUAGCUGGUGCUUGGGGAGGCUCUGUCAAAGCUGUCAAAGUUUAUACUGCAGGAGACAACUUGGGCAUUUAUGUCAUUAGUGCAGCGAAAGUGCGAGCAGAGCAGAGGUCGGCUCCUAGUUUGGCAUUUCUCUUGCCCUCAGAUGAACUCUGGGGACCAAAUGAAACCAUAGUUGAAACUCCAACCAAAAACUACUCUGCAGCAGACUUCAAGGAGUUAUUUGAGGAUUUAAAUUUACCCGACGCGUAUAACAUGUACUUGGACACCAAAGAUCUUCUGCGUAAUGCUCCAGCCCCAGGACUAGAGUUACAUUGUUUACAUGGUGAAGGGGUUGACACUGUGGAAAAGCUGAUCUAUCCAAGUGGGAAGUUUCCCGAUAGUCCAGCUAUUAUUAAUGGAGGAGGGGAUGGAACAGUCAACACACGCAGUGCUCAAGUUUGUCUUAAAUGGGCAGACAAACAGAAAUAUAAAAUCCAUUACAAGACAUUUAAAGGUGUAGACCACAUGCAGAUACUGCGGGACAAAGGAAGCAUCAGCUAUGUAGUCGAAUUGCUCUCCAACAUCACCGUGAAGAACGAGCGACAGGCUAAGAUGAAGAUGAUCAAUUUAGAAAAUCUUGAAAAAAGAAAAGACAAGGAAUUUCUAAGAAAUUAUGCCAUAAAUGGAAGAAAAAGGGAAAUUCUAAACAUGGAUGAAAAUAAACUUGCAAGUGAGGACAGUAAAAGACAUAAUGCAAUUACAAAGAAAUUUUACAAUGUCAUGGUACAAGACGAUGGCCCUUUGUUAGGGAAGGGAUUGUGAUCAUAGGUUCUGCAUUAGAUAUAAAUUCCUGUGCCAGUUCUUACUUUUUUAUUCACCUUUUGACCAAUCUUCAGUUUUCUAGAAUUUUGCAACCCAUGACAAUUAUCUAGUUGAAGAUGGCAUACCUGAAGCUGUGCAUUCCUUUUGAAUAGAAAAGUAUAGAAUCUAUACUUUCAUAGGUUUGUUGCCACUCUGUGUCACUGCUUCUGGAAGUGAUUUUGUUUACCAUAAUGAAUUACAGUAUUGAAAAGAAGCACCAUUAAUGAAGCUCCUCAGGAGCUCACUUGACAGCAUUUGUUUGAAAAGAAUGUUUUCUAGCGUCACGAUGCUCGGUGGAUAGGAAUAAGGUAACAUUUAUCAAUCGCUGCGACAAUUGACAGCAUGUGUCUGUCAACAAAAAUUUUCCCAAAUGCCUCACAAAAUUUUGUUUUCGAUAUAUGCUUUGCAUAAAGGGCAUAACAAAAUACAUCAUACAGACUUAAAAAUCUUUUGGCUUUGUUCAUUUUUUUUUAAUCUAAAUGACUUAGCUGGAAUAAUAAAUGUGUACACCAAAUGUUAGAUUUUUAGCCCUGUUUAAUACUGUAACAAGAAAUGAUAUAUGUGUGGCACUUUAAAUGUCAGUACUGUAUUAAUAUGGUUUCAAGAAAAAUGUAAGUUGUAAAGUUCUCCUUUUAAUUAAUAAAUCAAUAGAUAAAAUCGUGUAAGUUAAUAUCUUUACAGCUUUUACCGAUGACUUGUAUGUCAACUAUAAGUUCAAUUUUGAGUUUAAAGAUAAAGGCAGAAUCUUGACACACUGUUAGUGCAUACAUAAUGGCUUGGUUAUUACAAGUUAAUGAUAUUCUUACAAAAGUAAGCAAAAACAACUUGGUCAAAUUGUUUGUACUGGUAUAUUGUAUGGUAGAGUAUAGAUUUCUUUAAUUGGACAUUAGAGAAUGCAUUUUAAGUUAUUGCAUGAAUGUUGGAUACACUGUACAGUAAACACUGUUUAUAAUAUAUGCGGGAUCCAUAAAACUAAAUGAAUUUCUAAAUGUUAGUUUUCAUUCUAUUUUGCAAACCAUUUAAUUAAUAAUAUAGUUUGAAACACAACAGUUUUACAUUUUUUAGGGAAAAAUUGACAGUACCCACCAUUUCCCUAACAGUUUAUCAGUUUUGAGUUCGGUGCCUCUUAAACUAUUUCAGUGUCAUUUACUCUUGAGCAUUUAGCACAAAAUUAUAUUCAUGUGUAAUGAAUUUUUUAUACAUUUGUGGUAAUUUUUGUCUUAUUCUCUCAAUUGUUUUGUUAUAUGUACUGUACUUCUUUUAUUUAUUAUAUAAGAUUAUAUUCUUUUACAAAUUGUUACUUGUUGAAAUUUGUUUUCAUGAAAUUUGUUUACACAAAUUUCAUGGGUAAGCUGCCUUUCUGUGUUGAGAAACCUUAGUUUUUAACCAUCAUAAUUUAUGUUGUUAUACAACAUUACUAAAUAUAUAUAGAGAGAGACCGUACAAAAUGGCUGUAAUCUGUGAAGUUACAGUGGUUUGUUAAAGAAUGCUCAGAAUGACCUACUGUAGAAUAUUCAAAAAGCUCAUGUUUUUUGUUAAUUAAUAUAGUAUUUGUUUUGAUUGAUGCAUGCAACCAAAUUGUUGCAUUGAUAAUUAUGUAAUACUGUAAACAAAUCCACAAGGGCUGUGAUGAGGGUUCGAACAUACGCACGAGAUGUUCCUAACUGCGCCUUAGUCAACUGUGCCACAUCAUGGUCGUGGUACAGUUGUGUGUAUUAUGUGACAACUAAUAUGAAAUGAAAACACAAUUCAGUUGUAUUGAAUUAUGUGUAAACCAUGUCGUGGCAUAGUUGACUUGAGGCGCUGCUGGGAACAUCUCGUGCGUAGGUUCGAACCCUCAUCACGACCCUUGUGGAUGUGUUCAUUUGAUAUAUCACAUUAUUAUGAUUUGUGUGUGUACGUAAUACUGUAUUUGGCAUGUUGAGAUUUUUACAGGUUGGGAUUGAACUGUAUCGACUAGAUUAUUUUGUCUUGUUUAGGGUAUAAUAUACACUCAAAAGACUUUUAUUUUUAUUUUUAAUUUCAGUGCCUGCUUAAUCCAUACUUUGUGUUAGUUAAUAUCAUUUUAAUUAGCUUGCACAAAAUGAAACUGCAUAAAAAUAUGUAAUUUUUGUAUUGCACAAAUUUGCACAUCCUUGACAAACAUUUAUAGAAUGCUUAAUGGUUUAAUGACUUUGAGAUGAAUAUUUAAAACAUUUGUUAGAUAUUGUUAUCAUACUGUUAAUACAUUUGUUUUGAGUAUGUGACAGUCUGAUGCAGUCGUUAUAAUAUGCCAAAGUGUGUUUUAUUAGUAUACCAAGAAUUGAAUUGUGUGUAAAUUUGCACGAAUAUUUGUUUAGUGAAUAAAUGAGAAAUGGUUACACAAGUAGUGUUAUUGAAUUAUAUAUACUAGUGAUUGUGUUAAAUGCACUAUGUGAUAAAUUACACUGAAUUACAUGCACCAGGGAUCAAUUUCACUAAAUUGCAUGCAUCAGGGCUCAGUUACAUGGAAUUGCAUAUAACAGUGAUCAGUUACACUGAAUUGUAUACACUUAGGCUUAACUGGAGGGAGUUUGAUAUCAGCUGAUAAUUGUUUUUGUGUAUCAUGCAUGUAAAUGCUGUGGGCAUAUAAUUCAAGUACUGUAUAUUUAUACAUAUAUAAUAAAUGUUUAUUUUCAUUUGAACA